UAAUAAUAAUAAUAAUAAUAAUAUAAAAAUUGACGCUACAGAUAUAUUUGAAUUAGUUAUAGAAGAAAGAACAGAUAUAAAACAUUUCAAUAAUGAACGUCUCUUUUUAAUAUCACGUUAUACAUUAGAUCGUGAAUUACAACCACAAGGUUGGGAUUUAAUUCUAUUAGCUAAAAAUAAUGAAAAUUCAAUUAAAUUAACUAGUCAAUUAUAUAUACAUAUUAAUAUUACAGAUGUAAAUGAUAAUACUCCAAAAUUUUUACAAUCAAUAUAUAAACCACAAUUACCUAAUUAUAAAAUUGGUAUAAUACCAGAAAAUUUUCCUAUUGGUAAAACAAUAUUACAUGUAUAUGCUAUAGAUGCUGAUGAAGGUAGAAAUGCUAAAAUUACAUAUAGUUUAGCACCAAAUUCUAUAAAUCACUUAAUAGAUUAUUUUUUUGAAAUGACUUAUGAUGGUCAACUUCGUGUAAUUCGACCAUUAAAUGUUGAUAUAAUAACUGAACACAAUAUAACUAGACCAUAUUUACCUACAAAUAUAAUCAAUUUUGAUAUAAUUGCUGUUGAUGAUGCUGGUAUAGCAUACUCUAAAACAGGAUAUGCAACAAUUCAAUUACAAGUAGAAAAUAUUGAUGAUGAAGCACCAGAAAUAAAAAUUCAUCCUAUACAAUCAAUACAAAAGAAUUUUUUAUCAACUAAUCAUCAAUUAUAUGAAACAGAGAUAGAAGUUUUAGAAAAUCAACCACCUAAUCAAUUGAUAGCUUUAAUUGAAGUAAAAGAUCCUGAUUGUAUAAGUUAUAGUAUAUCACAAUGUAUAUUAACUGGUGUAAAUGCUAUAGACUUUCGUUUAUCAUAUCAACAUUCAAUGAAUAAUGAAUAUCGAUUAUAUACAGUGACUAAAUUAGAUCGAGAGAAACAAUCUAAUAUAUUAUUAUCGAUUGAAUGUAAAGAUUUAACCAAUCAUAUUACAUCGAAUAAUAUCAUUAUACAUAUACUUGAUACAAAUGAUCAUGCACCAAAAUGUUCUGAACAAUUAUAUCAUUUUGCUUUAUAUGAAGAUGAUAAUGAAUUAGAUCACUUAGAUAUAAACUUAUUAAAUCGUAGUUGGUUCACUUCAAAUCAACUUGCAUUUAUAUCGGUUAAUGAUGAAGAUAUUGGAAUUAAUGCUGAAAUCACCUAUUAUAUACCAAUAGAAUUUGAAGAAAAAUUAAAUGGAAAAAUUUCAAUUGAUUCUAAAACAGGACAAUUAUUUGCAUGGGGUCCAUUUGAUCGUGAACAAAUAUCUAUUUAUGAAUUUAUUGUAAUUGCUACAGACUCUGGUCAACCAAUUAAAUUCAGUACUAAUUGUUCAGUUAUUGUAAAAAUUCUAGAUAUUAAUGAUAAUCCACCAUUAUUUCAUACACAAUUAAGUAUAACUGGUGGUUAUCUAUUUAGUAUACAUGAGAAUCAAUUACCUGGUACACGUGUUGGACAAAUUCAAGCUUAUGAUUUAGACCUUCUACCUGCUACUACACAUAUUACUGAUUUAUUUACUCAUUUAGAAAAAUCAGAUUUAUAUAUUCCAAAUGAAAUGAACACGAUAGUAAAUAAUAUUGAUAAGAGAUUGGUGUAUUCAUUGAAAAAUGAACUAAACUCUCAAGCUUUUCGUAUUGAUCCUAAAACUGGAGUUAUUAUUACUCGAACAAUAUUAGAUCGUGAAAUUCAAUCGACGUAUACAUUUUAUGCAUAUGUACAUGAUGGUCCUGAUCAAAGUAAUCAAACUUCAAGUAUAACUACUGAAAAAUCUAAGAUUCAAGCAACAAAAGGUAAUAAUGGAUAUAAUCAGGAUAUUGUUAGCCAUCAUCGUUCUCAUACAGCUUCAAUAAUGAUAACAAUUACAAUACAAGAUGAAAAUGAUAAUGAUCCAGUAUUUAUUCGACCGAAUUCAACUAAUCAUAUGAUAUUGUUGAAUCCAUCAGCUAUUCCUGGGCAGUCUUUAUCUCAACUAUUAGCAACAGAUCCAGAUGAAGGUUUAAAUGGACAAGUAACUUAUGCUAUAAAAGGUGAAACAGCAGGAACAUUAUUCAAUGUUGAUCCACGAACUGGACUAUUAUAUCUAGAAAGUCAAAUACCUCGACAGUAUAUUUCAAAUACUAGGCGUAUGGCUGAUAACAACAAUCACAAUAAUAAUAAUAAUAAUAAUAAUAAUCAAAACCAAGCGAAUGAUCUUCUAGAAGUUUCAACGUAUCCAACAUUCUUGUUAGCCUUAGAUGCUUGUGAUCAAGGAGAACCAAAACGAUGUACCCAUUUCCCAAAUCUACAAAUUCAGAUUCGUAGUUCAUCGAAUAUCAUCGAUGAAGUUAAAUCAAGUCAUUUACAAGAUUCUAGUUUACUUUCAAAAUCAAACACUGGAACUAUAUCACUUGCAUCAUCGUCAUCAUCAUCAUCAUUGGGAUCUGGAGUAACUAAUUUCUUUCGAAUCAACUCUGGAAUUAUUAAUCCUUAUCUAGGCAAAUAUUCACUUGUUGAAAUUUUAAUUAUUGGAUUCUCUAUCUUCUUUUCAUUACUAAUACUGAUUAUUUUAUUUAUUGUCUUCAUUAUACGUCGUAGAACUCAACAAUUAUUACAAAAUAAUGAACAAAUAAAUCCUGAACUACUAAAACUGAAUCAUAGCAACUCUGGAUUCAAUGUUGAACUACACGAAAAGAGGAAAGAAAUGAACAAUCGAACUAGAAAGAUCUGUAACUGGAAUUUCAGUAGAUCAAUUCCACAACAGUUAAAUAGUAUGAUGACAAUAAAUACUAGUGAUAAUAACACGAAUUCAAUGCAACCAAUCAAUUGUAAUCAACCUGUUAAUGUACAUCCGCUUACGCUUUCAACAUUAUCAUCAAAUUCACAGAUGUUCAAUCAAAAAGAGAUGACUUAUCAGCUAGAUGUAUCAGAUUCAUGCAUACUCAAUUCAAAUAAACAUCAUGCAAUACAUUAUAAUCAAUAUAAUCCAAUAUUUAUUAACUCUACUAACAAUAAGCAAGUAGUAUCAGAUGAUUAUCAAUCUUUAGAUUGCUGGAAUGAUAUAACAACAAAUUAUCCAAAGAAAUUUAUACAAUCUAAUCUAUCGAAAUCAAGUAAUUUAAAUUUACCGCCAUUUUAUAUGAGAGAAUUAAAACAACCAAUUAUCGGGAAUAAUUCAAAUGUCAACUUUACAAAUAAUAUACCAUAUACAUAUUAUCAACAAAAAGAUACAUUUGAUUCAGAUUGGAAAUCAAAUAAAACUUCAUAUAUUACUAGUCAUAAUGAUAUGAAUAAUACUCAUAAUAGUAUUUCUAAUGAAAAUAUUACAAUAUGUACAACAAAUAAUAACAAUAGUCAACAUAAUAUCAUAUCGAAAAAUAAAGAAAAUAUACACACCUAUACAGGUUACCUGAAAUCGAGUUUUGUAUAAAAAGAGACAAACAUAUAGAGAUAAACAGACAGACAAGGGAAUAUAUUGAAUAAAGUCUCUACAACUUGUCAACUGUAUACAUGUUAGAAAUUUCAAACAGGAAGAAGCAUAUUUCACUGACUUGUAGUGAUAACUAAACAUAAUGAAGAUAAGAGAAAAACUCUUGAAACUGCCGAAAAUAUCAACUGGAAGAUUAGAGGAAAGGAGAAGCACGCAGAAGAUAUUUUUCUCAGCGAUUUCAUACUCUACAAGUGCAUAAUUACAAUUUAAUACACUUUGCUCAACUAUAUUUAAUUAAACCCAGUAACAUAGAUGAAGUUGAAUGAAGCUUUUAAAUUAUCUGAAAAUCAGACUUCAAGAUAUAGCACGGCAUGGAAAGAAAAUGAAGACGAUGCAGGGUUAUUAAAACCAACAAGAAAAUUCAACGAAAUUGUGAUAUCUAUGGCUGACAAUUUAGAGAAGAAAGUUUUCUGGAACUGUAUGACUGUUUUACUAAGCCUUAAAAACAAGCAACAGUCGAGUAGUAAUCAAUAAGGUCAGGUGAUUACCACAAUUUCCAAGAAUUAAGUCAGAAAUUGUUUCGAAAGACAGAAAGAAAUUUCCUAUUGAUACAUUAUUAGUAACAAAUAUGGUAAGGAAAAAGAUUGAACGUACUUCCUUUGCCACUGCUUCUGAUCUACAAGUGUUCCUGAACUAUACUCCUUUGGAACCAUUUAGUCUAAGUGUAUAUGUAACUUUAGAAGAGGAUUUCAGUGAAGUCAACUGAUUUGAACUGACUAGAUUCUCAAGUAUUGGACUUUGUGUAGAGUUAAACUGAUAUUUUGAUAGCCAAGUGAUAUGAUGUUCAAAGAUGUGUUGAACAGAAUACGCAUUUUUCUAACUACAUAACUAACUCUAAAGGAGUAAGUAAACGCGGUGAUGUAGGAAGAUGAGGCCUAAAGCGGAGUUUCAACUUAACAGACUCAUAAAUUCAUCGUCAACCAGUGAAGAUCAUCCGAAGCUCAAUAUCCAAUCUCUGUUACAAAAUCACCUCUUAAAUUAAAGUCAUCUUUAAAAAUGUGACCAUUUUCUUAGUGUGUGACUUGGCAUCA